AUGGUGCUCCAAGCGCUUAAAGAGUCGUGGAUUAUGUUCACCCCUGUCGAGAAGAGGAACAUUGCCAUCUAUAUAGUCGGCAUCAUGCUGUACAAAUUCGGACUUGAAGCGUUCAACGGUUCGAUUGUCGCCCUUGCCACGAACAAGUACGACUACGAAGCAUGGCUGACCGACUCGACCCCAAGGACCUUCGAGCGUGUCGGCUUGUUGACAGGUCUCAACCAGGCUUUCCAGUGCGUUGGUUCCAUCCUGAUUGCUCCCCUCAUCAAGCGAUGGCCCACGAAGCUCGUUCUCGCGUGCGCUGUUAUGGUCUUCGGCGUCAUGACGGCUAUCCUGCUCAUCGUGGAUGCUGGCACCGGGGGUCGCUUCAAGCCCGACAAUUGGGACGAUAACCACGACGAAGACGAUUUCGGCUACUACGGCAACUACAAUGCCAAUGGUAUCAUCCCCAUCUACUGUGUCAGCGGCAUCGCCUAUGGCAUGGUCGAGUUGAUCCGCCGUGUCAUCCCCAGAGAUAUCGUGGGUGGCAACGUCCAGAAGCUGCGACGCAUGGACUCACUUGUGCACAUCUUCUAUGAAAUCUCCGGCACGGCCGGUGCCUUCUGCACUGCUCUGGCGCUGAUCCCGUCGUUCGGUAACAACUACUCCUUCAUCAUUACGCCCAUCUUCUUCACCGCUGCCGCGUGCGUCUGGUUCUUCGUCACCAACCUCAACUACUCAAAGCCGCUGCAGGAGAAAGGCGGCAAUUAUCUCGUCGCAGUCGGGAUGGGAUUCUUUCUGUUCUUCGAGUCCAUCUGGACUGGCUUCAAAAUCAUCUUUUCGUCCAGGAGAUUCAUCUGGCUGUUACCGGGCUACUCUUUCGCCCUGUAUGGACAUCGCUACCUCGAAAACGGUAUUGCCCCCGCUGUUGCGAGGCGAUAUCUCGGAAACUCGGCCUGGAGUCAAAUCAUGGUUGGUGGCUCCAACUUCGGAGAGCUUCUCGGCGCGGGCUUCGUCUUUCUGUUCACAAACCUUGUGCAAACGCCCAUGCCAUGGCUCCGUCUGGACUCCCUCAUGCUGCUGAUUGUCUGGUACCUCCCGUACUGGUACCCCGUGCGUGGGGACGUCAACGAAGCAUGGCGCGUCGCCGGCACCUUCAUCCCCAUCUCCUUCGGCUGGGCGGCCGGCGAUGUCUCGCUCGCGGCAUUCAUCCAAGCCAGCCUUGCACGCCUGGAGGCCGAGAACACCGAAGUCAGCGCGCUCGGCGCGGUCAUGGCCUUCCUGUACAGCACGUAUAUCGUCAUCUACGCCGUCUGCUCGCCGCUCCUAGGCCGAUACAUCGACUCGGUGUACGCCAGCACGGGGGGCAGCGAUGGCGGCGACAUCCACCGUGCGAUCAGAAACGUGGGCGGCGUGCAGUUCACGGUGCUCAUGGCCGUGGUGCUGGCGUCGACGUUCAUCCCCAAGGGCGCCCUGUCGUUCAACCCCAAGAUGCUCAACGACGAGGUGCUGGAUAAGGAUCUGGACCACGAUUCCGGCAGCGAGGCCGAGUUUGCCGGCAUGAACGAGAAGGAACGCAGGCAGAGCAUCGUGCAGAUGAAGAUGGACGAGCAGGCCGAGGGCCGCAGACAGUCCGUCACGAGAGUAUCGGCUGAUAUCAACGACACGUUCUCCCCGGACAUGCAUAACAUCCGGGAGGAGGAUGGCGGGCUGGUGAAGUGA